UCCAACCCGCCGGGGAAGACUGCAAGCCCCUCUGGCAUGGGGCUGCGCCUGCGCGAAAAGCCGCUUCUUGGCCGCGCAUCCCCGCGCGCCCUGUCCUGGUAACGGCCCGCCCCCUCCGUCCCUAGCAACCUGCGCAGCUAGCCCAGCGGCUGCUGGGUGCUCACAAUACGGGCGACUGAUCUGGCCUGCCUAUCUGCAAGCCUUCUUCCUGGAAGUCUGCGAUCCCUUUGAACUAUGGGGGACCCUCCAUCUGACCCAGAGCCCCCUUCUCAGCCUACCUCCAGCCGUAGGAGCUCACAGGUCUCCGAGCGGCGGCGCAGUCGGGAACGCACCAGGCCCCCGGUCUCGCCCCUGGUCCCCGAGGAGCUGCAGCAGAUACCGCUUGACCCCCAGAUCCUGCGCGGCAGUCAGGAGGCACUGUCGAAUCAGAGCAACCUCCGUGGCUGGCCACAGAGGGCCAGCCUGACCCCAAACGAGAACCUGGUUUUCCAGGCCGAGGACCCUUAUGUGAAUCCGGGCUUUUCCGCAGAGGUGCAGCCCCAAACUUACCUGAGUGAGGGCAGGCUGCAGGCCAGCCACAACGCCAGCCUAAUGCUGCAGCAGCUACAGCAGGGUGAAGGCAACCUAUUCCAGCAACUGGAGUCUGCCUACCAGGGGCCGCCGGCAGACCUCCCAGGCCAGUUCACCAUGUACCAGAGAGAAGACCUGCCAUUCAGCCAGGAUACCCAGCAUGGGCCCUACAUGAGGGAUGACCCCACUCUUCAGUUCUCGCCCUCUGAGCUGGGUUUCAUGUCCUUCAAUAUGGAGUUGCCCGAGCCAGAACCUCGCGAGCUGGCCGUGCAGAACGCCAAGGCCUACCUGCUGCAGACCAGCGUCAACAGCGACCUCAGCCUGUAUGAGCACCUGGCGAACCUGCUGACCAAGAUCCUGAACCAGAGGCCGGAGGACCCCUUGUUCCUCCUGGAGUCGCUGAACCGCACCACUCAGUGGGAAUGGUUCCACCCCAAGUUGGAUACACUUUGGGACGACCCAGAGAUGCAGCCCACCUACGAGAUGGCCGAGAGGCAGAAGGCACUGUUCGGCCGGAGCGGCAGCGGCGAGGGUGAGCAGGAGAUGGAGGAGGAGACGGCUGAGACCGCGGUGCCAAACAUCAUGGAGAAGGCCUUCUACUUCGAGCAGGCUGGCGUGGGCCUGAGCUCCGAUGAGAGUUUCCGCAUCUUCAUGGCCCUGAAGCAGCUGGUGGAGCAGCAGCCCAUCCACACCUGCCGCUUCUGGGGCAAGAUCCUGGGGCUCAGUCGCAGCUACCUGGUGGCCGAGGUGGAAUUCCGGGAGGGCGAAGAGGAGGCGGAGGAGGAGGAGGUGGAGGAGAUGACAGAGGGCGGAGAGGGGAUGGAGGCGCACGGCGAGGAGGAGGGCGACGAGGACGAGGAUAAGGCCACGGACGUCAUCCCCAAGCCCACGUGGAAGCCGCCGCCCGUCAUCCCCAAGGAAGACAGCCGAACCGGCACCAACAGGUACCUGUAUUUCGUGUGCAACGAGCCGGGCCGGCCGUGGAUGCGGCUGCCCCACGUCACACCGAUCCAGAUCGUGCAGGCCCGCAAGAUCAGGAAGUUCUUCACGGGUUACCUGGACGCACCAGUCAUCAGCUACCCGCCCUUCCCGGGCAACGAGGCCAACUACCUGCGGGCCCAGAUCGCCCGCAUCUCGGCCGCCACGCACAUCAGUCCCCUUGGCUUCUACCAGUUUGGCGAGGAGGAGGGCGACGAAGAGGAGGAAGGUGGAGCCGGGCGCGACUCCUACGAGGAGAACCCCGAUUUUGAGGGCAUCCCGGUCCUCGAGCUGGUGGAUUCCAUGGCCAACUGGGUGCACCACACGCAGCACAUCCUGCCGCAGGGCCGCUGCACUUGGGUGAACCCUUUGCAGAAGACAGAAGAGGAGGAGGAGUUGGGGGAGGAGGAAGAGAAGGCAGAUGAAGGCGUAGAGGAAGUGGAGCAGGAGGUCGGGCCCCCGCUGCUGACCCCGCUCUCAGAAGACGCAGAAAUCAUGCACAUGGCACCGUGGACCGCCCGCCUGUCCUGCACCCUCAGCCCGCAGUAUUCCGUGGCGGUCGUGCGCUCCAAUCUCUGGCCAGGGGCUUAUGCCUACGCCAGUGGCAAGAAAUUUGAGAACAUCUACAUCGGCUGGGGUCACAAGUACAGUCCUGAGAACUUCAACCCGUCCCUGCCAGCCCCCAUUCAGCACGAGUACCCCAGCGGCCCGGACACUACAGAGAUGAGCGACCCCACGGUGGAGGAGGAGCAGGCCCUGAAGGCUGCCCAGGAACAGGCCCUGGCGGCUGCGGAGGAAGAGGAAGAAGACGAAGAGGAAGAUGAGGAUGAGGACCAGGAUGACUGAGGCCCCCUAGCCCCCUCCUCAAGCAGGUAGCCAGCAGGUUUUCCCUUAUACAGACUUAUAGCUUGAUUUUUUUUUUCAUAGUAGGUUUGCUUUCUGACCCUAGAGGAUGGGGUAGAAGAGGAAGACAGCUGCUCUAAAUAAAAUUUCCCCAAGGCAUUUGGGUGAGUCACUCAAUCAUUUGUUCACCACGUCUGUUGACAGGACCUCAGAGUCAGGACUGUAGCACUUUGCUGUGAACCCAGACAUUGCCCGGCAUAGUCUCUCCCAUCUGUUCAUUUAUUCAUUCAUCUGGCCAUCAAACAACUCUUGAAGUGCCGCCACUGGUCAGCCCAGCCCUGUGCUGGGGACACAGCAGCGACCAAGUGACCCAAGAUUUAUUCUCCCAGGGCUGGAUACUCCACGGGAGAGACAGAUGCCUUCCUCAGGGAAUGACAACCCAGAAGGGGGAGCCCAGAGGACUGACAGAGCUCCUGAGCUCUGGCUCAUAAACGGCCAAGAACAGAGUAGGAAGGCAUUCCAAGCAGAGGGAACAGGGUGUGAAAAGAUCCAAGAGCAAGAGCGAGUGUGAUGUGUUGGGGUAGAUGCUCAAACCUCAUUUUUGAGACACGGUGUGAGGAGUCAGUGACAACAGAUAAGGCUGGAAAGUUGGCAGGAACAGAUUACCCAGGGUUGAACUCUGUCCUGAGAGCCCUAGGGAGGCCAUGGAUGGGCUUUG